CGCCGCCGCCGCCGCCUCCGCCUCCUCCCAGAGGCCCGCGGCCCCCUGCCCAGCCGCCGCCGCCGCAGCGCUCCCCGCCGCAGAGGCAGGCUCCGGCGCCGCCAGGCUUCGGAAGGAGACAAGUAACAAAAUGAACAGUCUAGCUAUUAAGAGAAUAACAAAUGAAAUUAUCAAAUCACCUGAGGAUAAGCGAGAAUAUCGUGGACUGGAAUUGGCAAAUGGCAUUAAAGCACUUCUCAUCAGCGACCCCACCACAGAUAAGUCUUCAGCAGCACUUGAUGUACACAUAGGGUCCUUGUCUGAUCCCCCCAACAUUGCUGGGCUUAGUCAUUUUUGUGAGCAUAUGCUGUUCUUGGGAACAAAGAAAUACCCAAAAGAGAAUGAGUACAGCCAGUUUCUUAGCGAGCAUGCGGGGAGCUCAAAUGCUUUCACGAGCGGAGAGCACACCAACUAUUACUUUGAUGUGUCACAUGAACAUCUAGAGGGUGCACUGGACAGAUUUGCCCAGUUUUUCCUGUGCCCUUUGUUUGAUGAGAGCUGCAAAGACAGGGAAGUGAAUGCAGUUGAUUCUGAGCAUGAGAAGAAUCUAAUGAAUGAUGCCUGGAGGUUGUUUCAAUUGGAGAAGGCUACUGGAAACCCCAAUCAUCCCUUCAGUAAAUUUGGAACAGGGAACAAAUUCACCCUGGAAACAAGACCAACCAAAGAAGGAAUAGAUGUAAGACAAGAGCUAUUGAAGUUCCAUUCUACUUACUAUUCUUCAAAUUUAAUGGCUAUUUGUGUUUUAGGAAGAGAAUCCUUGGAUGAGCUGACUAGCUUGGUGGUGAAGUUAUUUUCAGAAGUAGAGAACAAAAAUGUCCCUAUACCAGAGUUUCCUGAACAUCCUUUUCAAGAAGAACAUCUCCGGCAACUUUAUAAAGUGGUACCUAUUAAGGACAUUAGAAAUCUUUAUGUCACGUUUCCUAUACCAGACCUUCAGAAAUACUACAAAUCAAACCCUGGUCAUUACCUUGGUCAUUUGAUUGGGCAUGAAGGCCCAGGAAGUCUUUUAUCAGAGCUUAAAGCCAAAGGCUGGGUAAAUACUCUAGUUGGAGGACAGAAGGAAGGUGCUAGAGGUUUCAUGUUUUUCAUCAUUAAUGUGGACUUGACAGAGGAAGGACUUUUGCACGUUGAAGAUAUUAUUUUGCACAUGUUUCAAUAUAUUCAAAAACUACGUACAGAAGGACCUCAGGAGUGGGUUUUCCAAGAGUGCAAGGAUCUAAAUGCUGUGGCUUUCAGAUUUAAAGAUAAAGAACGACCACGAGGUUAUACAUCAAAGCUUGGAGGAAUGUUGCAUUAUUAUCCUAUAGAAGAAGUAUUGGCUGCUGAAUAUUUGCUUGAAGAAUUCAGGCCUGAUUUAAUAGAGAUGGUACUAGAUAAACUGAGACCAGAAAAUGUUCGAGUUGCAAUAGUUUCUAAGUCUUUUGAAGGAAAAACUGAUCGAACAGAAGAUUGGUAUGGAACACAAUACAAGCAAGAAACAAUUUCUGAUGAAGUCAUUAAGAAAUGGCAAAAUGCUGACCUGAAUGGGAAAUUCAAGCUUCCGAUGAAAAAUGAGUUCAUUCCUACUAACUUUGAGAUUUUGCCAUUGGAAAAAGAUGCAACACAAUACCCAGCCCUUGUCAAAGACACUGCUAUGAGCAAACUAUGGUUCAAGCAAGAUGACAAAUUUUUUUUGCCAAAAGCUUGUCUCAACUUUGAGUUUUUCAGUCGCUACAUUUAUGCUGAUCCUCUCCAUUGCAACAUGACAUACCUGUUUAUCAGGUUAUUGAAGGAUGAUUUAAAAGAGUAUACAUAUGCAGCACGCCUCUCAGGUUUGAUCUAUGGCAUUGCAUCAGGAAUGAAUGCAAUACUUCUUUCUGUAAAAGGUUAUAAUGACAAGCAACAUAUCUUGCUCAAGAAGAUUAUUGAGAAAAUGGCUACUUUUGAGAUUGAUGAGAAAAGAUUUGAAAUUAUCAAGGAAGCGUACAUGAGAUCACUUAACAACUUCAGGGCAGAACAGCCUCAUCAACAUGCAAUGUAUUAUCUCCGACUCCUGAUGACAGAAGUUGCUUGGACCAAAGAUGAGUUAAAAGAAGCUCUGGACGAUGUCACUCUUCCCCGCCUCAAGGCCUUUAUAUCUCAACUGUUGUCACGGUUACACAUUGAAGCUCUUCUCCAUGGCAAUAUAACAAAACAGGCUGCUUUGGGAAUUAUGCAGAUGGUUGAGGAUACUCUCAUUGAGCACGCUCAUACAAAGCCUCUUCUUCCCAGUCAGCUAGUGAGAUACAGAGAAGUGCAACUUCCUGAUAGAGGUUGGUUUGUCUAUCAACAGAGAAAUGAAGUUCAUAACAAUUGUGGAAUUGAAAUAUAUUACCAGACAGAUAUGCAGAGCACCUCUGAGAAUAUGUUUUUGGAGCUCUUUUGUCAAAUUAUCUCAGAACCAUGCUUCAAUACUUUGCGCACCAAGGAACAAUUAGGUUAUAUUGUGUUCAGUGGUCCACGUCGGGCAAAUGGCGUACAAGGACUACGAUUUAUUAUCCAAUCUGAAAAGCCACCACACUAUUUAGAAAGCAGAGUUGAAGCAUUCUUAAAAACUAUGGAAAAGUGCAUAGAAGAUAUGUCGGAAGAGGCCUUCCAAAAACACAUCCAAGCUUUAGCAAUUCGUCGUCUAGACAAACCAAAGAAGUUGUCUGCAGAAUGUGCUAAAUACUGGGGAGAAAUAAUUUCCCAGCAGUAUAACUUUGACAGAGAUAACAUUGAAGUGGCUUAUCUAAAGACCCUGACCAAGGAUGAUAUCAUACAAUUCUACAAGGUGCUGUUAGCAAUAGAUGCUCCCAGAAGACACAAAGUAUCAGUACAUGUCCUUGCAAGGGAAAUGGAUUCCUGCCCUGUUGUUGGAGAAUUUCCAUGCCAAAAUGAUGUGAACCUGGCGCCAGCACCACCACUACCACAGCCAAGCGUGAUUGAAAAUAUGACAGAAUUCAAGCGCAGUCUGCCACUCUUUCCACUGGUGAAACCACAUAUCAAUUUCAUGGCUGCAAAACUGUGAAGAACCCCCAAUGGAUGAAGAAAUGCAAAUGAUUAGUACUGACAUGGUUUUAAGGGAUUUCAUGAUGAACAAAAUUAUUAAAGAUUAUUAGGAUAAAUGGUUCUGUGCAUUAUGCAAAUCCCAAAUAUGUUCUUGGUUCAUUCAACAUUAACUGUGUGUUAGGGUUAGAGAGUAUAGAAAAAUCGGUUGUGGUCACGUGUCAUUUAUAUUAAAGAAAACCUGUUGAAAACCAAAAUCAACUGAAACUAUAAAAAACUUGUAGAUGCAGUAUAUUUUUAAAAUAGUAUAUCCCUUUAAGUUUUCAUUUUGAUAAAAGAAGCCUCCAGAAUAAAAAAUUCUGCUUAUAAUAUCCCUAUCAUUCCUGAAAAACACUAUUUAGUAGCCCAAUAAUAAUCUUAUUGGGGGGCAAAAGGAGGAGAAAAGUAGGUCCUUUGGAGUUUGGGGUCAACAGUUUUUCAUAAAAAGAGACACUUUCACAUUUUUGAAAAGUGACAUGUUGAAUGAUACUUUUUUAAUUGAUCCUUAGUGUAAUCAACAUAUUUUCUAUUUAAGUUUUAUGAAGACCAAUGGGAGAGAAAAGGAAAUUUGACAACACAGUAAUAAGUGAGGGAAUUGUCUUAACAAGGGUAACUGAGAUACUGGCAUGAUUUUAAUCUUUCUAUACAAACUUUGAGAUAUUUUAUAUUCAAACUGGUAAAAUGCUGGAAACGCUUUGUUAGUCCAUCUGAUUUCUGUUACCAGAAGUGUUGUCCUAGUCUCUUGAUGUUGUAAACAUCCUGUUCAGUUUGUCAGGGUUACUCUGAGCUGCUGCCAUUUGGUAUAUAAAAUACUUUAUUUGAUGUCAUUCUUAUUUUCCGUUGCUCAUACAUUAUGAAAGUUCUCCAUCAGUACAUUUUGCCUUUUCUAUUAGGUCUCAGCCAGCAAAGCACUUACUAGUGCAAAUAACUUUACGCGUGCUUUAGUUCUUAAGAACAGAUGAAGUCAAAUACAGGGCCCUUUAGUGAAUCAGUGGGGUUCUUGGGGUGCGUCUGUACGGGCCCCGUUUGCCCCUGCAGCAGGCGCUGGAGACGCUGCAGUCCCCCCUGGCUGGCGGUACUGCUGCAGCACGGUACUUGCUUCAGGUUACAUCACAAGAUGUUGGUUCCCAGUUCUUUUAAGAAGGCUGUGCGAAACGGAGGAGGAUCAAGAAUUAUGCUGAAAUAUUAUAUACCUAUAUAUUUCAUAAUUUAGUAAAAAUGGUAAAACAAUACAUUAUGUCUCGUCUUCACUGAGCUGCUCACUUCUGCAGAUUAUUGUUCUGCUUGAGACAGCAAAUCAGGAUAAAGUCUUCAAAUAGAAACAGGUAAGGGGGCAUCUAAGUAAUUAAUAACCUCUUUUACAUAUUAAUGCAUAUAAUUAAGUGUCAUUAUUCAGACAGGGCAGGAUAUGCAAAGUACUGAAGAUAUAAAACGUGCUCAUGUGAGCCCUUGCUACCAGCAGUGUUGCUGAGAGUUUGCCUUCUAUUAAAAGAACCUGAAACUAAGCGCCCAGAUCCUACGUGCAUGUUGUGUUACCUCCAGAUCCUGAUAUCUUCCGUAGGGCUGUUCUUGUCAUUCAAAUCAGUAUUCUCAAUUAAACUGAUCCUGAAGCCAAUUUAAAUGGGCACUUGACAGGAUUAGGGCUUUACUUUGUUUUUUAACAAGAGUCUGUUUUAACUGAGUAAAUACAGUGCAUUUAAAAAUUGUUUCAAAGGCUUGAAACAAUUGAACAGCUCUCUAAUAAAUUUGAUGCUAGUUUGUGAUGUAACCUGUUGUCAGUGAAGGCCACUAACAUCUUUUGUAGCCUAAGGAAAAAAAUAUAGUAUAAACAAAAACAGUAUUGGGGUCUCUGCUCACCACAUUUUUCAUGGAUCCUUUACAUGUAAUGGGCUUUUUACUCUCUAGCAUUUGCUUUUGUUUAUAAUUUUCUUUUAGUAAAAAUGUUUGUAUUAUAUAUAUAUUAAAGGUUUUGACAACAUAUUAUAAAAAUAUAUAUUUUGGGGCUUAGUAUUUAAACAUACCACUCUUAUGGUGAAUAAAAUGCUCAGUCAUGUGUAAAAAUAAAUAUAUAUAUAUUCAUGAAAGUACGAUAAACUCUAAUUUUAACAAAUUAUAAGAAUAAAUUGGAAGAACGGUGUAUUUAACACAAACUCACAAAUCGUGUUUUCCAGAGGAAAAAUGUAGAAUUUUAAAAUUCUGUGAGUGGAUGUGGAAACCCAUGUUUUACUUGCUUUUAAGUGUUCUCCAGCAUUUUACUGUUUCUGAGUUUGAUAUAGCAGUAAAUUUUGAUAAACUCAGGCAUACUAAUGGGUUCAUUUUAAUGGAUCCAAAGCUGCAGUGUCUCCAAGCAAUAAAAAAAAUACCUAGAAUACACUGUAAGUCAAUUUUAGUGCUUGUUAAUUAGUUUAUGUAAGAAACCAUAAAUUAUUAUUACAUAACUGUAAUUUUUGCAAGUGCUAUUUUGAGCAGUUUAUGUGGAAUUGGGUGCAUGUGACACAGCCAGUAUGACAGAGUGCUAGAGUUAUUCUGUUUACAAUAAACAAUCUGAAUUUAA